GAGAGAGAGAGAGAGAGCAAAAAGAGGGAGGUGGAGGAAGGGUGAGUGAGCACGAGCUGCACAGCACGAGAGGGUAAAGAGACAGAGACAAGGGGGAGUUUAAUGGAGAGCGCUCCAAACAGCGCGCAGACCCACAUCUGAUCUGGGAGCUGAAGUUCUUUUGGUUCUGGUGCAGUGAAGCAAACGAGCCGGGCUCAGACAGUCGCUUUUUUUUAUUUUAGAUGUUUUUUUUAGAAGAGAGAGAAAGUUGAGAAACUCUGCGGUGGGACUGGAUUCCAUUUUGGACCUAUUUAUAUGACUGCACCUUUUUGUUGCGCGUGUUAUGCGGGGUGAUCCGAAGCAGCAGCGAGCGCGGAACCUGUGGAUUUUACGCAAACGGAUUUGGGACUGAUUUUUUUUCCUCCUAUAUUUUUUUUUUGAAUUUUUAUUUUUUUGCUUCUGCUUUACCCUCAUGAACACUUUCUAAAGACAAGGCAAGAAAUAACAAAUAAUAAUAUUAGCAGUUGCAAAAAAACGAAAAAAAAAAUGGACGUAAGCGCGGAUCAGCCUCGAUGGGUGAGCCAUCAUCCCGCGGUGUUGAACGAACAGCAUCCCGGCUCACAUCACCCGGGCCUCGGCCACUCUUACAUGGACCCUUCGCAGUAUCAGCUCACAGAAGAUGUGGAUGUACUGUUUAAUGUCGACGUACCGGGAAACCACGUCUCUCCUUACUAUGGGAACUCAGUCCGAGCCGUCCAGAGGUACCCUCCUCCUCCUCCCGGUAGCCAAGUGUGCCGUCCGUCAUUACUGCACAGCUCCCUGCCCUGGCUGGAGGGGAGCAAAGGCAUCACCCCCCACCACAGCAACUCCCCCUGGAACCUGAGCCCCUUCCCCAAGAACCCCCUGCACCACGGCUCCCCGGCCAGCCUGUCCGUCUACCCCCCGGCCUCCUCCACCUCCCUGUCCACCGGCCACUCCAGUCCGCACCUCUUCACGUUCCCCCCGACCCCUCCGAAAGACGUGUCCCCGGACCCGGGCAUCUCCACCCCGGGCUCCGGCGGCUCCGGGCGGCAGGAGGACAAGGAGUGCAUAAAGUACCAGGUGACCCUGGCCGAGAGCAUGAAACUGGAAUCAGCUCACAGCCGGAGCGUGGCAUCAAUCGGAGCAGGGUCAGCCUCUGCCCACCACCCCAUCGCCACAUACCCACCCUAUGAAUACGGCCCAGGCCUCUUCCCACCAAGUAGCCUCAUAGGUGGGUCAUCUUCUAGUUAUGGUUCCAAAACGAGACCAAAAACAAGGUCCUGUUCAG